UUCUUUUUCUCCUUGUGUUUUUAUUUUCUUUUUAACAGAGAGUAUUAGGGUUUUUGAGUGGGAAAAUCUGGUACCAAAUGGAAAUUGCAGAGAAGAAGGAAUCAGACAAUAACACUCAAUCAAUUGUUGAUUCGGAGGAUAACGAUAACAAUAACAAUAAAGACGCCGAAGAACGGCUCUCUCGUGACCUCAACACCAGUCUUCAUCCUCUUAAGAAUAAGUUUGUCUUUUGGUACACUCGUCGAACACCUGGAGUUCGAACUCAGACUUCAUAUGAAGACAACAUAAAGAAAAUUGUGGAUUUCAACACGGUUGAAGGUUUUUGGGUCUGCUAUUGCCACUUGGCCCGUGCUUCUUCUCUACCAAGUCCUACUGAUUUGCAUCUUUUCAAGGAUGGUAUUCGCCCGCUAUGGGAGGACUCUGCUAACUGCAAUGGUGGUAAGUGGAUAAUAAGGUUCAAGAAGGUUGUUUCAGCUCGCUUUUGGGAAGAUCUGGUUCUGGCCUUGGUGGGUGACCAACUUGAUUAUGGUGAUAACAUUUGUGGUGCUGUCCUAAGCAUUCGGUUUAAUGAAGAUAUAUUGAGUGUGUGGAACCGCAAUGCAUCUGAUCAUCAGCAGGCUGUGAUGGCUCUGAGAGAUUCAAUUAAACGUCACUUAAAGCUUCCCCACACCUAUGUUAUGGAAUACAAACCCCAUGAUGCUUCUCUGCGUGACCACUCAUCAUAUCGAAACACAUGGUUGAGAGGCUAGCGAUACUGUAAGUCACUUCACUACCCUUAUGGAGAGAGAAUAGCAAGUCUAGGGAGACUGAUGUUCUUUCACCAACUGAUCACAAUCCAUUAUCAUGUCUUGUGACCUAAGAAUCAUGCGGGCUGUCCUGAUAUCUGGAGAUCUUGAAAUUGAACUGUAGGACAACACCACCAAAAACUGAAAAUAAUUUUAUCAAUGCUAUACUGAAUAUAUUUUUUUCAUCUUUUAAUUUAUUUUUGUUGCCAUA